UACAGGGCAGCCGAUCGAUUGACGGGGAAGAGCGUGACGAACACGCCGGAAGCGCUGCAGUGCCUCAUCCGAACGGAUCGUCGUGCGUUCGUCAGACGCUUCGGGCGCAGAGCCGUGACACGGUUCCAUCAAUAUUUGACGUCGGUCGUGUCGGUGUUUGUUGCGUCUGCCGUACUUAGGCGAAGUCUUUGAUGAGAAGGAAAAGUAGUUUUAAGCCUAAGGGACGCCGCUGGCUGGCACCUCGGGGAAGAGAGCCAGAGCGAGCGAGCGAGCGAACCGUCCGACUCGUCGUCGCCUCCCGAUCCGCAGCGAUCUGUGUGUAGCCCGGCAAUCAUGUCCCGUCUCAGGACGCUCUCCGUCGAGGCCAAAGCGGCUCUGGCCACCGGCCUCGUGUUCCUCUCCAUUCCGCUCUCCCGCACACUCGUGUCCGACAGCGUGGACGUGAACAUUCGAGCCAAGCUCUUUCGCCUUCAGUUCCUGCUCUUUGUCAAUGUCUUCAUGCUCACUGGGUCACUGUUCCUUUGGAAGAGGACCGUGUCUAAGCUGCGGGCGCUGCGGAGCGCCGGGCCGUGGGUGUCCCGCUGCUGGAGGGCCCUGGUCUUGCUCUUCCUGCUCUUGGCUCACUCCAGCUUCCCGGCCUGGUUCUUCCUGGUGGCAGAGGAGCCCUGCUGGCUGGCUUCGCUCAGCCACUCCUGCCUGGGCGCCUACAUCAUCCUCGUGUUCUUCCUGCUGCUCUUGGACUCGGCGCGCUGUUGUCGCCGAGCGGCGGCGCGCGCCGGGGCGGACGUGCUGCCGAGGACAGGUGCCGACGCGGCGUCGCCGUCCCCCGGCUCGGACAAGCCCACCUUUGCGGCCGUGGCGCUGACGGCGGCGCUGUCCGCGUACGGACUGCUGAACGCGUCGCUGCCGCCCGAGGUGGUGCGCGUGGAGGUGACUCUGGACAAACUGCCACAGUCGCUGAACCGCCUGAACGUAGUGCUGCUGUCGGACAUCCACCUGGGCCCCACGGUGGGGCGCUCCAGGCUCCAGCUCAUUGUGUCCAUGGUGAACAGCCUGGAUGCAGAUGUGGUGGCGAUCACUGGGGAUCUGGCUGAUUCGCAGGUGUCCCGACUGCUGGGUGCCUCGGAGCCGCUGCGACACAUGAAGGCCAGGCUGGGCUCCUUCUUUGUUACAGGUAAUCAUGAGUACUACACGGCCGAUGUGGAACGCUGGUUCACCCACCUGCGCUCUCUCAACAUCCAGCCGCUGCACAAUGAGCACGUCCGGGUCUCUCGUCCGGAACGCACUGUGGACUGGAUCUGCUUGGCUGGUGUCGAUGAUCUGGAAGCCCGCAUGUUUGGGUACCCAGGGCAUGGGCCAGAUUUGGAGAAGGCUCUGGCAGGCUGCAAUACGAAUUCUCCCAUUGUGCUGCUGGCACACCAGCCCCGUAUGGCCCAUCGUGCCCUACAGGAGAGGCCAGACAUCGGCCUGGUGCUCUCAGGCCACACGCAUGCUGGGCAGAUCUUCCCGAUCUCCAUCGUGGCAUACCUGGUGAACCCGUUUUUCUGCGGCUUGUACCAUGUCGGGGAAAGCAGUGCAGUCUACGUCUCCCCCGGGACGGCUUACUACGGCAUCCCCAUGAGGAUCGGCAGCAGGGCUGAGAUCACACAGAUUGUGCUGAAGGCACCCUGAUGGGAAAAUGUAAAUGCGCAUAUUGCGCAAUCACAGUUAAAACACAUAGAUACCGACACUGUAAAUUGUCCAGGAAUACGCACAAUGUUGCACAGUCCCAACGUACCUCACUGACAGUGUAAUGUACUGCCAGCACUAUCCCAGACCUCAAGUAGUUCUUUGCUUGAGUGCCUAACCCUCAGUAACAUGUGUUUAAAUAUUAUUAGAGACCUUGCUCGAUGAAUGAUCCUUGUUUUUUAGAUGUUUAAUUGAGUUAUUUUGAAUGCUGAUUCUUGUAGUAACCUGCUUUUUUUCCCAGGUGGACUAAAAAUGUUAACGUGUGAGUCAGUUCUGUUCAAAAAAUUAGUUAGAUCAUUAUCUGGCCAUAAUAUUGAGGAAUAGGGAAUUGGAAAGGAAGAAUAAGAGAAUCACAGAAUUGGUUUUUGAUUUUUUCGGGCUUCAGUGUUUUAAAACUAUUUGUGUCAUGAUCAUGGGACUGAAAAGUGAGAUAAGUAUAGAUAGAUUUAAGAGGCUGAAUGUCGUGCAGCUGUAAAAGGUGUAUGUUUAAAUGAUAAAUUAAUUUGCAUGACAGCUUCUCCGGCGCAUGUGCUUGAUGGGGGAGGACUUGGAGGUCCCACAAGGACACGUUGUUCUACACAUAACACCAAGUCCAUCCCUUGUGAAGCAUUUGUCUACUACUUGCACUGAGCAUAUGACCGGCCACCACUUGUUACCUCCAGCACUCUGAGGAUCAGCUCAUGUCUGCACGCAAUUUGAACACCGCUUUGGUUUCAGGGAACACCUCAUCAAACACCAAAAUUUUUGUCGAUAUGGUUAUUUUAAUGACCACAGAUUUUUUUUUUUUUUUUUUUUUUGUAAAUAGGCAAAUAAAUGAUUUCAGGGAUGGUAAAAACCUGUUCCAUCUGCUAAAUAAAACAUAA